AUGCUGCGGUUACUCACGCGCAGCGUCGGGAGGCUGGGGCCCGGACCGACCAUUUCGAACUUCCGCUCGGCGCUCCGAUUUCGGUCCACUUCAGAAAGAAAGGAGCGGAAGGAACCGACGCCGCCAAAGGCGCUGCGUGACCUGGUGUCGCGCGACGUCGCCAGGGCCCGACGGAACGCGGCACGAGGGGGAACGCCGUGGCGCGAGAUGAAAGACCAUGACAUCGCGCGGGCUGGGAAAGUCGCGCAAGACGAGGCAGCUCGCAUCAAACUGGCUGAACUGCAUCGCAAGCAGUCGGAAGACCGACUAGCUGAGGUCCUCGCCGCUCACCGCGAUACACCACCACAGCCGGCCGAGUCAUUGCCAGGAAUAGUCUCGGACCUUCCUCCUGAUGUCUCUCUGCACCAGGCACACAUUUCGGAGGCUGUGGUCGCUAUGCGCGACGCCUUGGAUGAUCUCGACGUCCACGCCUUCGGGUGUACCUGGCUGGGUUUGAUGGAGGCCAGGACAUACACUGCCUUAACGGACGCUGACUGGGCGUCGCUCAAUUGGAGACUCGCGGACGGUCUGCGCGGUAGCGAGCAGCAGCAGUUCCGGGGCGAGCUCCAUGGUCAUCUUUCUGGACUUGUCUACCGCGACCCAGAAGUGUUCCAGGCUGUGUGUCACUUUGUUGUCGAAGCUGCGGCACAUCACCACUGGGAGAGCCUCCUCGAGACCCUCUUCGAGCUGCUACGGUCUAAUCAUGCCGCCAUCUCCAAGAUGCUGUUCGAGGCAUAUAAGACGCGAGGAAUCGUCGUCGAUGGCAUCGACCUCUCUCUCGCUAAUUCCCAGGAGCGCGCUGAUCGCCUGGCCGCACGUCUCAAGUCGGAGGGCAUGCGGCCUCUCAUCCUCACAUACGUCGCGGCUCUCACCAUCCUCGACAAGUUUGACGAAUCCACUUCCAAAACACUGCUAGGACUCAACCAUGACGGGAUACUACGGCGGUUCACUCGCCUUAAUGAUCUAUGGCAGGUUCAGCGACGGGUCCUGGAAGGCCGCCACGACACCAGUACCCUUGUCGAACGCUUUCGAAACAACUGUGAAAAGAUGACCCUAAUCUUUUACGCUUGCCACGCGGACGCUUUCGUUCUGCAUAUCUACCGCUUGGGAAUGGACUCGCCUGGCGACACCUCAGCCCUGGAUCACUUGUAUUCUCGCGUCCUGCAAGCAUCGAUCGGGCCAAAUCGCUACAUUCUUCCUGCAGUGGACGCUGUCCGCGUGGGGAAUGACAUCGUUCUUCCAUGCAUAGUUUGGGGUGAGCUCUGGUCCAUCGUCCCUAUCUUACUCUAA